AUAGCUGAUCCCUUUUUUUUCUGUCCUCCCCAUGGAUUGCAUGGCACCCAGGGUUUCCCCCAUAUACAAUGAGAAGGUUCUGCUCGCUCGUUCACCGCAAGCUGGCUCCGGAUUCUUCGCUCCACCAUGGUAUAUGCCAGUUGGUCCUUGCGUGAAUUGGUAUAAUGCCGCUCUUCAGUCACUAUGGAGACAUUGAAGACAUUUCGGAUCGUUUGGCUAUCCCAUCGCUGGUUUUCUCAAUCGUGACUCCGCUCUUCAUUGUCGCAAGAUUCUGGAGUCGCAGAGUCUUUGCCAAACGUUUUGGGCCUGAUGAUUGGGCAAUUCUGGCUUCAUCGAUAUUUUCAGAGACUGUUUCGAUCCAGAUGAUAAUCAUUUGCCAAUGGGCUUUUGGAAAACACAAAGACGAUAUCAAUAGAAUUGACCCAGCGUUACUGGCAAAAAGUCUCAAGCUCUAUUUCUAUGCGCAAAUUUUCUAUAAAAUUAAUAUAGGGUUGACCAAGAUCAGCAUCCUGCUCCUUUACAUCAAGGUCUUCAUCCAGCCGUGGUUUAGGAAAACGUGCUGGACAUGUAUCGGCGUUAUCAUUGCGUUUACCACGGGUACUGUCUUCUCAAGCAUUUUCCAAUGCACUCCGGUGCACUAUGCAUUUAACAAAACGAUCCCUGGCGGUGGGAAAUGCCUUAAUCUUACUGCAUUUUGGUAUGCCAAUGCUGCAUUUAAUAUCUUGAGCGACGCCGUCAUCAUUGCCCUACCAAUUCCAGUGAUUUUCAAACUGCACUCACCUACCAAAACCAAGAUUGCAGUUUCCAGCGUAUUUGCUGUUGGUCUAUUCGUCUGUAUAACCUCCGUUCUUCGCUUCACCACCCUCAACGUGGCAACGUCGCAUCUAGACACUCCCUGGACCAAUAUCGGCUCUUCCAUGUGGACGGUAAUUGAAACCAACCUUGGCAUCAUCUGCGCCUGUAUGCCUACACUUUGGCGUCCAUUAUCACGCUUCUUCCCUUGGCUUUCGUCUCAGCUCACGAACAAAUAUGGGACGGGUCAAAGUAUGGCGAGCCAAGGACAUGCCUCGAGCAAGAGAAGAGCGAACCCUGCCAGCGCAAGGGAGGUAGCUGGGUAUUGGACAAAAAUUGAGUCCAGUGAUGAGCAGCUGGCACGGGAUUACGGGGUGUAUUCUGGUGCUGAAGGUGACAGGAAGGGGGCAUCGGAGGAUAGCGGGCGUUUCGCGGAUGAAACCGCAAUCAGGAAGACCACUCAGGUCUCCGUGCGGUACUGUGAAGACGAUAUUCAAGAUCAUCCUGGACAUGGCGAACUGGACAUAGAGAUGAGACGAGUAGGCUGA